UUGUGAUUCUAAUAAUGGCAAUGAUGAUCAUCAUACAUCAAACAUCAUAUCGAUUCAUUAAUACUGUGAUGGCUAUCAAUAUUGUUGAUAAUAAUUAUAAAUUUUAAUACAAAAACAGCAACAAUUUUCAUUAUUGAAUAUCAAUAAUAAUGAUGAUAAUGAAAACAAUAUUCAACCGGUAACAUUAACCGCAUCCACAUCCACAUCAUCAUCAUCAUCAGCUAUGCAACAACAGAAUUUCAAUAAUAAUAAUAAUAAUAAUCAAAAUUGUAAUAUAAUAUGUCAAUGUAAAUGGAAAUCUGGUAAAGAAACGGCAAACUGUGAUCAUCGUUCAUUACAAACAAUACCAAAUGGUCUUUCAUCAACUACACAGGUGAUUGAUCUGAAUGGUAAUAUGCUCAAUAAACUUCCUGCCAUGAUAUUCAUACAACGUGGUCUAAUCAAUCUACAACGUAUUUAUUUGGCCAAUUGUCAUUUAGUGGAAAUAUCAGCCGAGAGCUUUAUAAAAUUAUCAAAUCUUAUUGAGCUUGAUCUAUCAAAUAAUUCAUUAACAAUGGUACCAUCAAGAUCAUUAGCCGAAUGUCCUGGAUUACGACGAUUAUCAUUAUCUGGUAAUCGUAUCAAUAAUAUAAAAAGCCGUUCAUUUUUACCAUUAACCAAUCUAAAUUGGUUAGAUCUUUCAUUCAAUGUGAUCUAUCAUCUUGAUAUGGAUGCCUUUAUUGGUUUACGUUCAUUACAAGUGCUAAAAUUACAAUCAAAUCAUUUACAAACAAUACCAUCGGCACAAUCAUUUGUACAAUUUUUAUCAAUACGUUUAUCAUUAGAUUUAUAUGAUAAUCAAUGGCGUUGUGAUUGUCAUUUGAAACCAUUUCGUGAUUGGAUUAUUGCCAAUCAAAUACCAAUGACAAUAAAACCAGUUUGUAUAAUGCCAACACGAUUACAAGGUCAAACUUGGGACACAAUACCGGCCGAUGAUUUUAGCUGUCCACCAAUCAUAAAUACGGUCAAUACACAUUAUUAUAAACAUAUUGGUAAUAAUGUCACAAUAUCAUGUUCGGUUAGUGGAUUUCCAUCACCACGUAUUUAUUGGUUAUUUGAAUCAACCGGUAUGGGUCAAACAACAAUUACAUCAAUCAAAGAUAUUGAAGAUGAUGAUGAUGAUGAUGAAUCCGUAUCUGAAUCAGUGAUUAAUAAUCACAAUAAUGAUGUUGAUGUUGAUGUUGAUGAUGAUGAUCGAUUACAGAAUCAUCGUCGUCAAUUAUUACCAUCGGCAAGAUAUUCAAUUGUACAGGAACGUGAACAGAUGGGUAAUGUUGUUGUUAGUAAAUUGACCGUACAUUCAUUACAACCAAUCGAUACACAGCGAAUAACUUGUUAUGCCCAUAAUGUUGGUGGUAUUGUAAUGAAAAAUUUCACAUUAAUAGUAUCAACACAGGAACCAUUUAGUUCAUCACGUUCAAUGGAUUUAUUGGUAUCAGAAUUCAUGUUAAUAGUGAUUGCAAUCUGUAUAUUACUCAUGUUACUUAUGUUAUUCCUAUUUAUCGUGAUAUUUCGAAGAAAAUCUGGUUUAUCUGGAAGUAAUGCUAAUAAUAAUACUUGUGGUAGUGGUGGUGGUGGCGGUGCUACAAAUCAUGUAACUGAUUCAUCACAAGCACCGGAACCUAAUCGAUUACAAUUGGAUGAUGAUUAUUUAAUGAUUAAACAGCCACCACCACCACCACCACCACCAUCGGCAACAACAUUGAUAAAUGGUAAUCUUAUAAUGAACGGUGGUAGCGGUGUUGAUGAAAAAUCCAUAUUUCUUGAUCAUCAUCAUCAUCUUCAUAAUCAUAAUCAUAAUCAUCAUCAUCAGCAACCAACAUUUAUUGCACCUUAUUAUCAACCACAUCCAAAUAAUGAAACAAUGACAUCUGCCAAUAUUUUAAUGGUUAAUACUAUUGAUAUGUUAACUGCUGCUGCUGCUGCUGCCACAGCAAACGGAAAUACAAUUAUAUCAACUGAUCCAAGUAUUUCUACUGAUUUAUCAUCACAAUCAACAACGGCAACAUCAAUGAAUGGUAGUAGUGGUGGUGGUGGUAACAAUCAUCAUUUACAUAAUCAUCAACAACAACAACAACAACAGAAUUCAACAGAUUCUAGUUUGAAUAGUCAACAACAAUUAUAUUUUCCAUUCGAUACAAUAACAACAACAAUGACGACGACGACAACAACAACAACGACGACGUCAAUGAUUAAUUCAAAUUGUUCAGAAUCCAUUACAACAACAACAACAACAACAACAACCGCAGCAAAUACAGCAUAUACGAUAGCUACAUUACGAAGAUCAUCAACAAAAUUAAUACAUGAUAAUAAUAAUUUAAUGAUAAAUAAACCAUUAGGCAUUGGUCAUCGUAACAUUUCAUCAUAUCCAGAAGGAUUACGUUUAAUUGAAUCAUCAGUGGAUUCAGGUGAACAAAUACCACGUAUUGUUGCCGCUAAUAAUAAUACUAUAACAACCGAUGAACAAUGUAUAGAUGAAACAGAAGAAGAUGAUUAUUAUCAACAACAACAACAACAUUCAGAGAUUUCAGAGAUUUAG